AUGUCUGGAUUUUCGCUCAGGUUGUGCAAUAGUGGAUGUUGCAUGUCAGCGGGUCUCCAGAGCCAAUGUUUGCAUGAAAGCAGUCAAUGUUGCAUGAAAGCGGGUCUCCAGAGUCAAUGUUGCACAAAAGUGGAUGUUCAACUUUUCGCUGAUAUUCCAUGUUGCACUGAAAUAGAUGUUCAAAUUCAACAACCACUUUUCGCUGAUAUUCCAUGUUGCACUAAAAUGGAUGUUCAAAUUCAACAACCACUUCUCGCUGACAUUCCAUGCGGAGUUUAUGAUAUUAAUGAUCUAAACUUUCCCGUCCUAAUUGGUCAUUUAACCGAUAUAAGCUUAAUGGACUCGAUAGGCAUUUUAAUAUUAGACUCCUAUCAGGUUAAAGUCGCAGCUUCUAGUCCUACAAAACGACAUGUGUGUAUUCUCUGCGAAAAAUCAUUUCUGUCUUCCAGCGCGUUAAGAGUCCAUGAAAACUCUCAUACUAGGGAAAAACUAUACAAAUGUGAAGAUGAAGGAUGCGGGAAAAUUUACACGACAAACAGUAAUCUCCUUCGUCACAAAAAAAAACAUAAUUAG